CGAGAGCUAGCCGUUUGAGGAUGCGCGUGCGCACAGCCGUAGCGAAGUUUGAACUGAGUUUGGGCGGAUUGGAGUCGAGGAGGAUCGCAGCCGGAGCGGCUUCAUUAAACUUGCCUCUUCUGGCAAGCUCACCAACUGCUUCUUUGAAUACAGCGCAAUCAAUGAUUUUUCAUGAGCCAACUAGGCUAAAGUAUGUCAAAACGAAAAGAAGACCUUUCUGAGGGAACAGUGCCCCUAAAGAGAAUCAAAACUGAGAACGUUAAGGAUUAUGAUACAGGAGAAGCCACCAGGAGCAAUGGGAAAGCUGUGACAACUAAUGGACAAAGUGGAGACAGCCUACCUCCAAAUUCACUCUCGAAUGAAGGUGAUGUUGGAAUAAUUGAAAGUAUUUCAUUGAAAAAUUUUAUGUGCCAUGCUUGCCUUGGACCAUUUAAGUUUGGACCUAAUGUGAAUUUUGUCGUUGGAAACAAUGGAAGUGGAAAGAGUGCUGUACUGACAGCCCUCAUUGUAGGGCUUGGUGGAAAAGCUACUGCCACGAAUAGGGGAUAUUCUAUAAAAGGAUUUGUAAAAGAUGGUCAAAAUUCUGCAGAUAUUUCAAUAACCUUGAGAAACAGAGGACCCGAUGCUUUUAAACCUGAUAAAUAUGGGGAGGCUGUCAUUGUGGAACAACGUAUUUCUGGGGAUGGAAUAAGACAGUACAGAUUGAAAAGUCAAUCAGGGCAUCUAGUUUCCACGAAGAAAGAAGAACUCAAUAUAAUAUUGGACCAAUUCAAUAUUCAGGUAGACAAUCCAGUGUCAAUCUUAACGCAAGAAAUGAGCAAACAUUUUUUGCAAUCAAAAAGUGAAGCAGAUAAAUAUAAGUUCUUUAUGAAAGCUACUCAGCUAGAACAAAUGCGAGACGAUUAUUCCUAUAUCAUGGAGAGGAAGGCACUAACAAAUGAGAAAAUUGAAAAACAGGAUGAAAAUCUAUCGGAGCUAAAGGAUCAAGUUAAGCAAAAGGAAGACCGUUAUAAAAGCCUUUCUUCACUGAAUGAACUACAGGACAAGCUGGAGCAACUUAGGAAUCAGAUGGCUUGGGCAUUGGUCAUUGAAAUUGAAAAGCAGCUGCAACCGAUAAAAGAUCGUAUGAAAGCCGAAGAAAGCCGCAAUGUCAAAUAUGAUCAGAAAGUAGAGGAAUGGCAGGUUAAAGUCAAUGAAGCAGAAGAACAAUUUAAGGCAAUUCAGAAUCAGUUACAGAACAUUACAGAGGAGGCUCAAGUAUUACGACCACAGUGUACGACUUUAAAAGAAGAUGUACAAAGAAAAAACAAAGCAUGCAAAGAGACUGAGGCAACAUUCCACCGCUACAGGACCCAGUUGAAACAACUUGAAAAAGACCAUGAUCAGUUACAGAGACGAAUUGAAGAACUGCGAAAUAGUGUAAAUCAAAGUUCGGAGGCUGACCUCAGAGAGCGGCAAGAAAGAAUUAGUAGUCUGCAAAAACAGCUGAAAGCACUGGAGGACCAAGAGGCCACAACCUCCCAGCAGCUGGCACAGUUUCAAUAUGCAAUCAAAAAAUCUAGAGAUGAACAGGAUAAGCUUGGCGAAGAAGAAAAAGAUGUGAAACAGUCUGCUGAAUCCAAGAAGGAGCGGCUCGAAGAACUGAAAGCCAGUAGGACAAACCAAUUGAAAAGAUUUGGAGAAAAUAUGCCUGCAUUACUUGAUGGAAUAGAAGAAGCACAUAAACAAGGUCGUUUCAGGCAUAAACCAGUUGGUCCUUUAGGUGCUUGCUUCAGACUGAAAUAUCCUGAACUGGCUUUGGCAGUUGAAAGUUGUUUGAAAGGACUACUGCUUUCAUUUUGCUGCGAUAAUUACAGAGAUGAGCAGGUGCUCCAAUCUUUGAUGUCUCGAUAUUUCGGUUCAGGAAGACGACCCCAAAUUAAUGUGUGUGAGUUUGCAAAUCAAGUAUACAAUGUAAAAGACAGAGCUGUUCAUCAUCCAGAUUUCCCAACAGUUCUUGAUGCCUUAGAAAUAGGUAACCCAGUGGUGGCAAACUGUUUGAUUGACAUGAGGGGCAUAGAAAAAAUCCUGCUAAUCAGUAGCAACAGCAGGGCUCGUGAAAUUAUGCAACAGCAAAAACCACCCGCAAACUGUAGAGAAGCCUUUACUGCAGCAGGUGACCAGGUCUUUUUCAACCGCUAUUACUCCUCAGAAACAGACAGGGCAAGAUACUUGGGUGGUGAUGUGGAAUCAGAAAUCAGUCGGCUGGAAAUGGAAGUGAGCAAUAAGAUGGCGAAAAUAUCACAUUUUCAACAACGAUUGCGGUCAAUAGUAGAAGAAAUUCAGAUAAAUGAAUCUCAGGUGAAAUCGAAACAAAUGCAAAAGAGGAAAAUCCAGGAAAAUAUGACAAAGACAAAGCUAGAAAUUACAGAUUUGGAAAAUGUGGACGAGCCCCAGUCCGUGGAUAUUUCCACGCUGGAAGAAGAAGUGCAAGAUAUCUGGCACAGAAUUGAAUCUGGCAAGGAUAAGUUGGAGCAGGCAAGGAAGGAUAUGGAUGAGCACCGCAAGAUAGUGAAUGAGGCUGAACAAAAGUAUAAAGAGAUAAAGGAAAAGAUCAAUUCAAUAGCUGAAGGAGCUGAUCCAAUAAAGGAUGACCUAAGUAAGAUUGACACAGAAGUUGGAAAGUGUAAACAUCAUAAAAGACAUUAUGAAGAGAAAAGAAAAGAACACUUGGAUGGGAUAGGUAAACUGAGAGAGAACCUGGAAAGUAAAGAAAAAGUUUUGGAGGAAAAUACUGCUAAAGCCAAGCAGAUUUAUGCAGAGCGACUGGAGGUUGUUAGAACUCCCAAAAGCAUUGAUGUGGAGAUCAAUCGACUAAGAGAGAGAAUCAGCACAGAACAAGUACGCCAUGGGAACAAAGAAGAAAUUACAAGGCAGUACUUUGAUGUUUUGGAAACAUAUAAGAAUGUCAAAAGCCAGAUCAAGAACCUGAAGAAGUUUAUGCAGCUGCUUGAUAAAAUAAUGGAGGAAAGGCACAAAGCAUACAAAAUAUUUAGGAGAUACAUUUCUCUUCGUUGCAAGUAUUAUUUUGAUUCUAUGCUUUCCCAGCGAGGUUACCAUGGGAAAAUGAGCUUCGAUCAUAAGAAUGCAACACUUUCAAUUGCAGUUCAGCCUGGAGAGGGCGACAAGGCAGCACUCAGUGACAUGCGAUCCCUUUCUGGUGGUGAGCGUUCGUUUUCAACUGUGUGUUUCAUCCUUUCGCUGUGGGACACCAUGGAAUCUCCUUUCCGUUGUCUAGAUGAGUUUGAUGUUUACAUGGAUAUGGUUAACCGUAGGAUUUCUAUGGACAUGAUGUUAAAGGUGGCAAAUUCCCAACGUUAUCGUCAGUUCAUCUUUCUUACUCCACAGAACAUGAGUUCUUUGCCUUCCAGUCGCCUAAUCAGAAUCCUUCGUAUGCAUGACCCUGAAAGAGGACAGACCACACUACCUUUCCGCUCACGAGAUCAAGCUGAAGAUUCAGAUGAUUAAAUAGCUAUUAACAUGCAUUAUAAAUAUAGUUAAGUGGUUUUUAUGUGAAUGAACAUUUAUUUAAAAGUGUAGAUGUGUACUUGUUCUUUUAAUAAUGAAGUAGUAUAUUUUGAAGGUGGAAAUAAACUACCAGAAUAGUUUUCAUGUUGAAAUAUGUCCUUGCCACUGUUUGUUUCAUAGAUUAGCCCAAUCUCAUUUUAACUGUUUUGGGUUCAGUUUGUAGCACCUUUUAAUUUAUAAUGAUGACUUGUGUAUUAAUUCAUGAUAUUUGUAAAAGCCAUAACAAAUGCAUAGGUAUUGCACCGAACACACUUUUACCAGCAAUUUUUAUACAUUGUCUGCAUGAAGGGAAGGGUUUGGUAAGCUUUAUUAUCUUCUGCCUGAACAGAUAAACUAAUGUCUUCAUGGUCAAGCCUAUGGAAAAUAUAACAUUUGUAAGUUUCAACCCUUCAAUAUUAAAUGUACAAUAAAAGAUAAUUGUCAUUUUUAAA